CGCGUCCCAGCUCUGUGGGGCGCGUGCGUCCAGGUCGUUCCUGUGUCGUGUUCAGGCUGCCGGCGGAGCCUGGUGACCCAGGCCCCGCCCUGAGGGUCACCGUUCCCUUCCGUGCGCGGGGCCCCCGACCUUACCGCGGCUCAGCCGGCCGUGCCCGACCUGCCGGCCAGGGCCCUGUCGCAGCCUCCUACAGUACGAGGCCGUUUUGUCCCGGUCAGGAUCGACGGCCCCUGAGGGGUGUGUACUCAUUUCUGGGCCGUGCGUGCACACACGAUUCUGUUUUUUCUUGUGAGUAUGAAUAAGAGAGGGAAAUAUACAACACUGAAUUUGGAGGAGAAAAUGAAGGUUCUAAGUAGGAUUGAAGCGGGACGAUCUCUUAAAAGUGUAAUGGAUGAAUUUGGAAUCAGUAAAUCAACAUUUUAUGACAUUAAAAAGAACAAGAAAUUGAUUUUGGACUUUGUACUGAAGCAGGACAUGCCAUUAGUAGGGGCUGAGAAGAGAAAGAGAACAACAGGAGCCAAAUAUGGUGACGUGGAUGAUGCAGUCUACAUGUGGUACCAACAGAAACGCUCAGCUGGUACCCCUGUGAGAGGUGUGGAGCUUCAGGCUGCUGCCGAGAGAUUUGCACAGUGUUUUGGGCGAACAGACUUCAAAGCUAGCACUGGUUGGCUUUUUAGAUUUCGAAAUAGGCAUGCAAUUGGGAACCGAAAAGUAUGUGGGGAACAAGUCCUACGUUCAGCUUCAGAAAAUGUUGAGCCGUUUCGACAAAAACUGUCCAUGCUUAUCAAAGAGGAGAAACUGUGUCUUGCUCAGCUGUACAGUGGGGAUGAGACUGACCUCUUUUGGAAGUCAAUGCCAGAAAAUACUCAGGCAAGCAGAAAAGAUAUCUGCCUGCCAGGGAGGAAAAUAAACAAAGAACAAUUGUCUGCUCUUUUAUGUGCAAAUGCGGAUGGUACUCAUAAGUUAAAGUCAAUUAUAAUUGGAAAAUCAAAGCUGCCCAGAAGUGUAAAAGAGGACACAUGUACAUUACCUGUGAUAUACAAACCUAGUAAAGAUGUUUGGUUCACCAGAGAAUCGUUUUCAGAAUGGUUUUUUCAAAACUUUGUUCCUGAAGUCAAGCACUUUCAAGUUAAUGUUCUAAGAUUCCAUGAGGAGGAUGUCAGGGCCUUGUUACUUCUGGACAAUUCUCCAGUUCACCCUUCCACUGAAUCACUAACCAGUGAGGAUGGUCGAAUAAAAUGCAUGUUCUUUCCCCAUGACACUUCAACCUUGAUUCAACCAAUGAAUCAGGGUGUGAUCUUGAGCUGCAAACGACUUUACAGGUGGAAGCAACUUGAGGAGAGUCUUGUAAUUUAUGAAGAAAGUGAUGAUGAGCAAGAUAAAGGAGAAAAAGGAGUUUCCAAGAUUAAAAUCUACAACAUAAAAAGUGCAAUUUUUAACUGGGCAAAGAGUUGGGAUGAAGUAAAACAAAUAACCAUAGCAAAUGCAUGGGAAAAUCUUUUUUACAAAAAGGAACCUGAAUAUGAUCUUCAAGGCUUAGAAGAUGGAGAUUAUAGAGAAAUUCUUGAGAAAUGUGGGGAGUUGGAAACCAAGCUGGAUAACGAUAGGGUGUGGUUAAAUGGGGAUGAAGAAAAGGGCAGCCCCCCGAAAACAAAAGGUGGAAUUACAAAGGAAGUUGUUCAAAAAGCGGGAGCUGAGGAGCAGACUGCUGAAUUUAAGUUAUCUGCUGUAAGAAAGAGUUUGGACUACCUUCUUGACUUUGUUGAUGCAACACCUGAGUUUCAAAGGUUCCAUUUUACACUGAAAGAGAUGCAACAAGAAAUAAUCAAGAAGCAGUUCCAGAGUAGAAUCCAUUCUAGAAUUGGUAGCUUUUUGAAAUGUAGGCCUCAUAAUAUUAAGGAUUCCUUCAAUAUGCCUUCAACUUCUGGUUGUAGUAAGUAGAUAUUGUGUUUAAAGAUUUCUGCAGUUAUGUAAUGAUACAUGAAUUAGACUUGUUGUGAACUGUCAUUGUUUUUAUCAACUGACCUCACUUUGCACAGCAAUGCCCAUUUAUACUGUUUAUAAAAUACACGAUUUGAAAGUAAUAAAUUUGGGGCUUUUGAUGUAUAAAUAUGUUCAUUAAUCUAUAUUUUUUUCUAUUUUAGACAAGAACUUGAAUAAUGAGGAACUAUUGUCCCAGAUUAUCUAAGGUGAAAUGGAUGUGGGGAAAGCAUUAAAGUCUAAAUGUAUUCACAGCAUAUAACAAAGAAGCUAUAUGUAUGCUGACUAGUUAUUUAAGAAGAUAAGGACAGACUUGGUUUUCAAUUUAAUGGUAUGACAUACUCUGCUCUUGUAAAUGAGUUACCACCUGUUUAGUGUUUGUUUUCUUCUUAUUGUGGAAGUGACAUAUGCUGAUUAUAAAAAAGAUUUAUAAGAAAGAUAAAAAGCACCCAAAUUCUGUCAACUGAUGAUAGGCUCCCUUAACACUUUGGUAUAUUUCAUGUAUUUUAAAAAAUAGGUAAGUUACAUUGU